ACCCUCGUGAAGUUUUCCUUUGCAGAGAAAUGGGAGCAUCCACACGACACCGAGGUUCUGGGAGCUCUGGACCUUGGAGGUGCCUCAACACAAAUAACCUUCCAACCUGGAGUCACCAUAGAGGACACGAACACCUCUGUCUUCUUCAGGCUGUACGGCACCAACUACUCACUCUACACGCACAGCUACCUCUGCUAUGGGCAGUCGCAGGCCUUGAAGAUGCUGCUGGCAGACCUCCACCAGGGCAGCCCGUCUUCCCAGCAGGUAUCACACCCCUGCUACCCCAAGGGAUACCAGGAGAAUGUCACCACGGCGGACCUCUACAACAGUCCCUGUGUCCGUGCACCAAGCACACCCAGCCCCACACAGGUCCUCACGGUGACGGGGACAGGGGACCCUGCAGUGUGCAGCACCGCCAUCCAGAAACUCUUCAACUUCAGCUGUGGGGCCAACAGGACAUGCGGGUUCAACGGGGUUUAUCAGCCGCCCGUGCGGGGACAGUUCUUUGCCUUUGCUGGGUUCUACUACACCUUCCACUUCCUGAACCUGACCAGCCAGCAGUCUCUAAAUGACGUCAACUCCACAGUCCAGACCUUCUGCAAGAAGCACUGGGCAGAGCUGGUGGAGACCUUCCCGCAGGAGAAGGAGUACCUACACACGUACUGCUCCGUGGCGAUUUACAUCUUGACGCUGCUGCUUGAUGGCUACAAGUUCAAUGAGCACACAUGGAGCAGCAUCCACUUCAGCCAGCAGGCAGCAAACACAGACAUCGGAUGGACGCUGGGCUUCAUGCUGAACUUCACCAACAUGAUCCCCACGGAGGCUCUGGAACAUGUCAAGGGGCACCAGCCCAGCCUGUGGGCAGGUGCCGUCUCCUUCAUUGUGCUGGCCAUAGUGGCAGGCCUGGUGGCUGUUUUCCUCCAGUGUUUCUGGAAAACCAAGUAG